AGCCCGCGAGGACGCGAACAGUCGUACCGGGCUGACGAUUCCGAGCGGAACCGAGCGGGGACAAUGCGAACGGGGAAGCACGGUGUCGCCUGUUCUCGCGGGCGAAAGAUUCCGGUUUGCGCGGCGUCGGCGCGCAAACAGCCGCGCCAAUUAAAUCGAGUUAUACACGUACGUAUAUCUUCGCGUUCGACACACCGCAUGCGACUGAUAAGAAUUGAAUUCUUGCCGGGGCCAGUGAUUAGCGCAGCGGGUCUCCGCCGCAUACUCCGUCGUACCGCCACGGCACGCGCUGGUCAGCACGGCCUAAGCUCGGAUCUGUACGGCCCGCCGUUCCCUCCGUAAGGCCCGCGACCACCCCGACGAGGGUCCGCCGACCACCGAGGUCUCGCACGAGCACGGAGCGAGUUUACGACCGACGAGAGUACGCCGCUAUUGUCAGCGAGCGGUCAAGCCAUGGCCGAGAAGAUUGGUAUCUCGCAGCAGACCUUGGUCUCUAACGGGCAGAUUGGUCAGGCUAAGAAGCUCCCGCAGUACCUGGCGGGCAUAGCGGCGACGCUCGGCGCCCUCGCCGCUGGUAUGGUGCUCGGUUGGACGUCUCCCGCCGGUGAAAACGGGGUGAAGCUGGCCGCCACUUACGGCAUACCAAUUAGCCCGACCGAGUUCUCCUGGAUAGGCUCACUCACCACUCUCGGAGCGGGUGCGAUAUGCAUUCCCAUCGGCAUGCUCGCGGACUUGAUCGGGAGAAAGACCGCCAUGUUGAUCAUGGUAGUUCCCUUCACCCUUGGUUGGCUACUCAUCAUCUUCGCGGAAUCCGUACUCAUGUUCUAUUUCGGUAGAUUCAUUACGGGCGUCAGUAGUGGAGCCUUUUGCGUGGCUGCCCCGCUGUAUACGUCGGAGAUAUCCGAGAAGGAGAUUCGCGGCACGCUCGGCUCCUACUUCCAAUUGAUGCUCACCAUAGGUAUCCUGGCCGCGUACGUCCUCGGGGCCGUGGUCGAAAAUAUGAGACAUCUGUCGAUUAUCUCCGCGAUCAUGCCAUUGAUCUUUUUCGCGGCGUUCUUCUUCAUGCCGGAGACGCCAGUGUACUACUUGAAGAAAAAUAAUGAAGAAGCCGCCAGGAAAAGCUUGCUCAGGCUUCGUGGCAGUCAAUAUGACAUCGAAACAGAGCUGCAGGAGCACCGUCAGGCACUUGAAGAAAGCAGUCGGGGCGCUACGUCGUUCGCAGUUUCGAUCAAAUCCAAGGCCACCAAGAAAGGCUUUGUAAUCGCUUAUGGGUUGAUGCUCUUCCAACAAAUGAGUGGCGUAAACUCCAUCAUCUUUUAUGCUUCGGCCAUCUUUACGAGAUCCGGAGCCUCCAUAGAGCCCAAUGUAGCUGCUAUCAUCGUAGGUGCGGUGCAAGUAGUAUCGGUUUUCCUCGGCACUCUUGUCGUCGAUAGGCUGGGUAGGAGGAUUUUACUGCUGGCAUCGAUCUCAGUGAUGUUCCUAAUGAUGCUGAUCCUUGGAGUUUACUUCUAUUGUAUCACGUACACCACUGCAUUCGACAAUAUCAAGUGGUUCGCGAUUAUUCCGCUCUGCAUCUUUCUCGUACUAUUUUCCUUCGGCUUUGGACCAAUCCCGUGGAUGAUGAUGCCGGAAAUCUUUGCGCCGGAGGUGAAGGGAGUCGCCGGGAGCAGCGCCUGUCUAUUCAACUGGCUCAUGGCAUUUGUAGUCACUAAAUUUUACACCGACAUGGUCUACGCCGUCAACGACUUCGGCACUUUCUGGAUUUUCUCGGGAUUCUCCGCCGUCGGCAUCUUAUUCGUUUACUUCCUAGUUCCGGAGACCAAGGGCAAGACGCUGGACGAAAUACAAAGGGAGUUGAAUCGUUGAACAGAAGUCGAUCAAGUAUUGGCCAAAGACUUUUGACGAGCGGAAGAAUAUGAAAUUGUACAUAUUGAAGCGCAUCUUAUAGUUGUAUAUAUGUAUACUAACAAUAAGUUACAGUACAUAAAUGAAGCGACGCGUUUUAUAAAUUCUGUACAUUGUAUCGAGCUCGUAUCACAGCAUGAGCAUGUAUUUUGUACUCGUGAAUGAUCGCAAUGUUAUUCAAUAUCCACACUGUCAUUUUAUUGUAUCAUAAUGCUAUCUUUUAACCCUCACAUGGAGGAUUUAUCAAUUGAAAAUUAAAAACAAGCUAUAUUUUGCCUUAAUAAGUUGUGACUGAACAAAAUAUAUUCCCUUUUAACGUUAAAUCAGGACCUCUAGAUAUAAAUCGAGUAGAAACGAGAACUCCAAAUUAUUACUUAGGUCCGAGCAACCUUCAGCUUAGUUCAGCUCAGUUCUCGUUUCUAUUUGAUAUUUCCUUUUCUUUUUUGAAAUUAUACCAAGCAACAGUAUCAUACGCUGAAGGAAACGCCCUUCCUAAAUUUGACAAAAUUGUAGUGCAAAAUGCCACUAAAUCUACACCGUCUUAUAUUUAUAUGCUAUGUAGUAUGUACCAUAACUUUAAAAUGAUUCGUAAACAUUGCUAGUCCGUCUACCUCUUGAGGGUCCAAAGAGGCAUCAGCAUUUCGUUAGUCAUAUUUGGUGAUUUUAUUAUAUUUUAAGACUGACUCUUGCUAAACUUGUAUUAGAUUUCUAUCGACUAUAUAAACUACUUUUUAAGUUAACAUUAUUAUUAUAUGCAUAUGUCUAAUAUUUAUUUGCCCACUGCAAAUAAAUCUGUUGAUCGCACA